CAAUUCCAUCCCUUUUGUAAAACGGCGAGCCUGUCAUCAAUUCUAUUAGGAACUUGCUCCCGGUUUUGCUUUCAAACGUGUUUUCGGUGAAGAGCUGCGGUUUACAGUAUCUCCUCUUGCCUCGACUGUCUUGUACAUCCGUCUCUGGACCCCUCACGCCAUCCAAUCGACACGUUGACACUGCCCCAUCGGCCAACAACAUAUCGCGGGGGUUGCUGUUUACAAUGGCUUUCUUUCAGGGCUCUCUCCAGGAGGGGAUCGGCGCGGCGUUGCAGCAGUCCAGGUCUGUUGUCUGUUUUGUAACCGAUGAGCAAGAUGAAAGUCAAACAUGGGAGAAUGAGUAUCUCAAGGAAGAAGAGAUCGUGGAAUUGUUGAGGUCCACUUCUGUGACACUUCGUUUGGUGGCCGGAUCACAAGAGGAAGGCUUCCUCGCUCAGCUCUACCCAUUGCCCAAGAAACCAACACUAGUGGUAAUCAAAAGCGGACAACUCAAAGAGUACAUUGCUGCCGGUGUGCCCAAGGAACUAUUCAUAGAAAGACUUCGCAAGGCCCUCACUCCUGUUGAAGCUCCUCCACCACCGCCAACCCAGCCCGAGCCCGUUGCUUCCCCAAGCGUUCCACCAGCAGCCCCCGUCGCGAUUACCGCUUCCCAACCCGUCACAGUUUCACAACCAGCUCCCAACACAGAGUCCAACGCUAGCAGCUCAGGCCAAGCAACCCCGCCCACCUCCAACGAACAAUCUCACGCCCAAUCCCUAGCAGCCCAAACCGCGGCCAGAAUAGAACGCAUGAAGAAGGCCGAAGCCGAAGCCAAAAAACGCCGCGAAGAAGAAGCCAAACGCCGCCGCGAAGAGAAGGGCAAAGCUGUCGAAGACCCAACCAAACCUCCCACCACUCACAACGCCUACGCAGAAGCCCUCAAGAAGAAGCAAAAGGAAGCCAGGGAAGAACGCCAGCGAAUUCUUAAACAAAUCGAGGACGACAAAGCCGAGAGAAAAGCCCGCCAGGAAGCUCUCGAAGCCGAGAGGAAAGCCGCGGCGGAGGCUUCUACUGUCCCUCUUGCCUCCGCCAGCCAGCUUCUCCCAAGAACGAACAGAGUCUCUUCCCACGCCGCGAUCCAAGUCAGGCUAUUCGACGGGUCUACCCUCCGCAGCCGGUUCUCCAGCACGGAUACGUUAAAAGAUGUUCGGCAGUUCGUGACAGAAAAUCGAAAAGACGGGAAAGAACCCUUCAACUUCAAGAUUUUGCUCACGCCGCUGCCUAGUAAGACGGUCGAUGUGACAGAGGAGGAGAAGACGUUGCAGGAGCUGGAGCUGACACCCUCGGCAACAUUGAUUUUGCUCCCGGUGCCAAAGUACUCGUCUGCUUACUCUCGCAGUAGCGGUAGCUCGGCCGCUUCGACGACUUCGGCAGGGGAAAGGGGGGGUAUCUUCCAGCGGUUCAUCGGAUUCAUUCUGUUCGUUGCCAGUUUGAUAGGCGGCUUUUUCUCGACGCUGUUUAGUACUUCUGGUCCUGUGGGUGGUGAGCAGGAGUCGGAUGGGGAUGACACACCUAGGCAGCAGAGUCCGAAUCGUGGGGGACGACAAGGGCAAGCAGCAGGAGGUGAUCGUCGUAUAGGCGGGCUGGAGAGUGUGAGGAGGAGGGGUGAGCAGCAGUUUUAUAACGGGAAUUCGACGAACUUUGAACCGAGACCGGAUGAUGAAGAGUAGGAGUUUGAUAUUUUGUUUUGGCAACCAGUAGGAUUUUGACUUGGUUUAAUCGUGUCCAGGGGUAGGGGGGAUUUAGGUAGUUGAUCAGUUGACCCGAAUGGAUUCUUGCUGCUGUUUUUUUGCUCAACCUCAAAAAAAAGUGCAAAAAUCCAAAUCAGAGGGGUAUUAAUUUGUUGUUGUUGUCCAAGACAGGCUGAUUGUUUGCGCCGCCGAGUGGUAGUUGGUUAUAAUGUACAAGUGAGUUGUGAGAUGACUGGCUCUCGCAUGUGGGUUGUCAAACUUGUUGUAAAGACAAGUCUUUCACCUUGAACGCUACCGCACCAUCUCACAAUACUCAACAAUCCUCCCCUUCAAAGCUUGUAACGAUCGUAGUUUUUCAACCAUCAAAGCCCCCCUCUCUCUCAUCCCUUGACUCCCCAGCACCAAGACCAAAAACUUAGUACUGAGAAGCAGCCUGCUGGCAAGCCUUAAGCUGCUCGAGGUACCACCCGCAAAUCUGCAUGUUCCCUUGGUUGUCAUCCAUGCACUUUGUGAACUGGGUCGUUGCGCCCUUGCAGUUGUCGCCCCAGGUCUGGUUUUGCUGGCUGGCGGCCGAGUUGGCCUGGUCGACGGGGUCGGCAGCGGCAGCGGAGGAGCCGCCGCCGAAGAGGGAGGAGAUGCCGCCUCCGAUUACAUGGCCUACGGAAGAGCCGAUGGCGACACCACUAGACAUACUGUUAGCAUCACGGAUGUCAAAGGAGGGGAGGGGGAAGAGGGGGAGCAUACGCAGCAGUAGAAGCCAUCUGCGCCAUCAGCCCUGGGCCCUGAGAGGUAGGGGCACCAGCGGUGGGAGCAGCGGCAUUAGGGGCACCAGUUUGGGGACCGGCGUAGGUGGUUGCUGGGCGGGUUUGCUGCUGCUGGGUUGGGGCGGGGGCAGAGCGAGCGGGAACGGUAGGGCGCGCGGGGGCGCGAGCGGGACCACGGGAUUGGCGAGGCAUUUUUGGUUUUUGGUUUGGAAGGGGGGGUGAUUCAACGAGUGAAUGUGUAUGCGUGGUUUGUGGUGUUGAGGUGGUGAGGUUUGAGGUUG